ACCGCGCGCGCAGAGUAUAUCAUAAAAUUCAAAUGGAAAAUUACGCACCGUCAGAUUUUUUAUUUAGUUGUAAAUAAUUUAAGUGGUAAUUAAAAUCUAUAGGGUAACGUUUUCCAAAAUAAAAUACUCGCCGUUCUUAACAUAAGCGGCGAAAGUAUAAUGCAUUAUAACCUCAAAUCUGAAUUUGUUUUCCGUUAUAAAUUUUAAAAUCUGUAAAGUUUAAUAUGCAGAAGUUACAAGACAGUGUUUUUUCGAUCAUAAAGACUACAAACCUUUCAUCUGCCGUGUUCAGUUAUUUGCAGCCAUCGGAAAAUGCAGAAAAUGUCCCUCUGGGUGGUAUUCUAAGCGAUACCAAGCAUGGUUGGCUGGCUCUGGGCGCCAAGUUCUGUGUGGUUGACCUUAGAUCCGGGCUGAAGGUAGCCGCUAGGACCUUUGGAGUCCCUUACAGCAACACCAACUGCACCAUCACCAGCGUAAUAGAACUACCCACACCGCUAACCGAAAACUCCAAGCAGCUGAUCAUCUGCCUAGAAUGCGAGGAUCUCACAGGACUCAUCUGUGUACUCCACGUCAACGGCUCACAGAUCCUCCGGUGUAUCCAGACGGAUGUGGUGAUCACGGAGAUAGCUGUGUGCGACGAGGUACCGGAUGGGCCGUUGGCAUGCUUCGAUGGGGUUAUUAUGGCUGGCUCGAAGAGAGGAGAGAUAUUUGCUUUUGAUCUGAAUAGAGCCAGUCUUAUACAAGCAUUAAAAGACAUAUCGCAAGGCUACGAGCACCUAGUCCGAAUGGAGUCCAACCCAGCCAACCUAGCGUUCCUGUCUCUCAACGCUAUCCCCCAAAUAGACCAACACAGAGACCAGGCCUUGGAAAACGACGACCAUCUCGCUAUAAUCCUUAACGAAAACUCACUUGUAGAUGGCCAGUAUCUGUUUAGAAACCCAGAUGGUUCAAUACGUAUGAAAGCAAAACAGGAUCAUAUAAGAGUAUCGUCUCUUCAGUAUGUUCCGCAGUUGGGCAGUUUGGCGGUUGGGUAUAAUUUUGGGGCGUUCCAGAUUUGGAAUAUGAUGAGUUUGGAGUUGGAGUUUGCGUCGCAGGUCAAUCGAGAAUGCUUGCCGGUCACGCAUUUUGGAUAUCAGGAGCCCUGUGACGACCCCAGAGCCUUCUGCUACCUGUGGGCGGUGUUCUCCGUGAUGGAGAGGUUCGAGGAAGAAGAGUUCCCGCUGGCGGUGAUGUAUUCCCUCACCUAUCAGGGGAAGAGAAUGCUUUCAGACACCAAGUGUCUUUAUCAGGAGUUCAUGAUGGCUACGAUAAGGUUCCAAGUGGAGUUAGGCGUGAUGGAGAAUGCUGGUCAAUUUGUGGGGGGCCGGUGCGUGUCGUGCCGCGCCUACUCCGUCAGCUCCACCUUAGGGGAAGACGGCGAAGACAGCAUGCUGAACAUCUGCCAACUAGUCUGGGAGUGUUGGGGCGAGAAAGUAAACUCUUCAACGGAGUAUGGCUUGCUGUUGUUCGAUCUAGACCAGUGGUACAAGGAUCAGAUGCCUUCAACAUACGGGCUACAAAGCAACGCGUUCAUGAGCGCAUCGUGGUGCGGGCAGCUGACCGCGGCCGGGACUCGAACCCUCGACGUCCGCCUGCAACCCGGCUCCGUCACGCCGUACUCGCACGCCACACGCCUCGAGGAACACUUCUACCCCAACUCUAUACAUUACAAUUGCAUCUGCCUCAACACCUCCGACGCCUGUGUACUAAACACGGCCGGUAUACAGCGACAGAUCAUCGCGUCCAUCGACGACACGGGUCCCACCGCACUGCUGAACCCGCCGCGGCUCUACCACGCGUGUGUGGCGGCGGGUCUCACGCCGCUGUAUAUGGACGGCGUGUCGACCAACCCCAGUGCGGAGGAUCAACGCAGAUUCCUACUAUCAGUGGCGCUGGAGGCUCGGCUAGCACGAUUCCUCAAACGUUGCGCGCACGACUGGGCCACGGGCAGCCAUCAUGGGGUUGGUUGCACCCUUCCUUUCCUGGUGGACUGGUGCUGGCGCCGCGCCAUACAAUUAAAAGAGAACGCGAAGGAGCUCACCGCUCCGCUGUUUUCCUCAUCAUCUUUGCCUGACAGGAAUGUAGUGCGAUGUUUGGAGCACUGCGUGCAACAGUUGACGCAGCUGACUGGCUUGCUGGAUGCCAUCCUUACUAAAUGCUGCAACCUCAUAGUUCCCGAUGCUCUUAGCGAGAUCGAAGAGAAAUAUAAAGGCGUAGGCACAGUAUCCUUAUACUUCCAAGUGGUGCAAUGGUUCCUCCGGGUGGGCCUGUUGCCCGAGAGACACCAGGAACUCCCGUAUCCCGCACGGCAGCUAAAUGACAUAUACACUAAAAGGCGGAUGAAACUGCAGCGGUUACAAAGUGGACUACCCGACGAGGAGUCUAGCAAGGCGUGCUCGCUACUGUACAUCGACCAGCUCAUAGAGCAUGAGUUCGGCGGCGAGAGAAUACAGCAAAUGUGGCUGAAAGGUGGCAGUGAAAUCAACGGGCUGUAUCCACCGCCCUCGCUGUAUUCACUCCUGCGACUAUAUCUACUGCCCGAUAUCGCCGAGGAACACAAACACUCACUAGUGCUGUAUCUGCUGGUUGACUACUCUAUGGUUUAUGAAGUCAGAUACGAGGCGGUAGUGCGAAGGUUAAUGCAGUUCCCGACCAUGUUCGGGUUGAGCAACACCGCCAUUAAAGCCACGCAGGCGUUCUGGCAUCUCGACCACAGGGAUUUUGACUUCGCCCUCGACCAGCUCCAGUGCCUGACUGGCAACACGCUAGUCUCCUGGCAGCACCACGCCGUGCUGUCGUCCCUCCUCGCGCAGAACAUGACGCAGGCCGCGCUGCAGUACCUGCACGCGCGCAAACCCGCGCCCGUACACAACCACACCAACGACCAUGACAAACUGGAACACUGGCAGAGCUGCUGUAACCUGUAUCUGGCUAGAAAGUUAGUGUUUGAGGCGCUCGAUGUGGUCAGAAUGUGUGUGCAAAACGCUGGGACUUUAGAGGAGAAGAUACAUGUGUUGAACUUCUUUUUCAAAGGGUGCCGCAACACGGGACAGUUGUCUAAAAUACUCCAAGUAACCUUGAUGCCUUUCGAAGAGGAAGCCUUCAUUAAAUACUUAGAGAAGUGCAACGAUCCACACACCUCGGAUAUACUCAUCAUGUACUACUUGCAGCAAGCCAGGUAUUUGGAAGCUCAGCAGCACAACUGUAAACUCCGUCACACGAAACGCACAAACAUCUCAUCAUCAUCAUCGUCCAUAGUGGACGUGAUGGACCGACAGCAGGCGCGCGACACCCUAGUAGAAGUCGUGUGUUCGUCGCUGCCGACCAUAGCGACCAGAGUGGCGCAUAUGGCGCUCAGCGACCACUGCGAGCCUCAUAGUAAGUCUGUAGCGCGCGACACCCUAGUAGAAGUCGUGUGUUCGUCGCUGCCGACCAUAGCGACCAGAGUGGCGCAUAUGGCGCUCAGCGACCACUGCGAGCCUCAUAUCUGUACUAACAUAACCUCUUCAUCGUCCAUCGUGGGCGUGAUGGACCGUCAGCAGGCGCGCGACACCCUAGUAGAAGUCGUGUGUUCGUCGCUGCCGACCAUAGCGACCAGAGUGGCGCAUAUGGCGCUCAGCGACCACUGCGAGCCUCAUAUUCUAACAGCAAAGCCGAUGUCGGUGUUUGUUCAGGCGAAAUCUCCCAAAAACACGUUUACUUACAAGUCGUCUUUUAUUCAGGACACAAUAGAGAACGCCAGUGAGACCUGGGUAAAUAGACCUAAGAUGAGGCGCGGUAUCAAACGAGCGCUCAGUAUCGAGGACACACCCUUCAUCUGUACUCCGAAGUUAUCAAGAACUAAGAGUAUAUUCUCCGAGUUCCAAUCGUCCACGCCGCCCAAGCGCGCGCGGCUCGAGCUCCCCGGCGCGCGCGCGCCCGCAGCCGACAACAUCAGCCGACAGAUGGCAGCUCUGCUAGACAUGCCCGAAGUGCACACUCCGGAUGGCAAGAUAUAUGACCGGAGCGGGGCUGGGACGCCUCAUAGUAUACUCAAGAUAAGGAACUCCGCCCUCGGUCGCGACGCGCCCUCGCCGGUCGAUUCCCGUUAUCUCGGUGAGAGUGAUGACGAAUUACUAGAGACGGCCAGCAACCACACACAUUACAGCGACUCUACCAACAAACACCUACGGUUCACAAUCCCGACGGCCUCCGAGUCGGGUUCAACGCCCUCGCCGCAACCAGCUCCUUUUACUGCCGAGGUGCGAGAGAGAGAACCAGUGCGACAGAAAGAGAUGGACGAGUCUAUGGAGAGUUUCGUUACUUCUACGAGUACCGCGCAUCCUAUGAACAAUGACAAUCCGUUCGAGUCGCCUGUAAAGAAAUUAGCUACAGAAGAAAAGAUAUUAUCUAGAAAGUCUUACAAAGAUAAUGUUCGGGCGAGACGUUCCCUCUCAAUUUCCGCCAAUAGCAGCCUCUCGGAAGACCCGAACACCUCCAUAGAAAGCAUCGCCGACAUCCCCGUCACGCUCAUCAACCCCCGCUACCGCAAGACAGAGACGCCCGACAAGCGCGAGCGAGACGGCGUGUCACCGAACAGGACAGAUAAGGAAAGCAGUUUGUCGCCGAGUCGCAAGGAUGAGGGGGAGAGAGAGAUGGAAAGGGGGGAAAGGGAUAGCGUGCCGCGGACGCCGCGCGGGCGGCGCGGGAUCAGGGGCGGGGGGGAGAGUACGCCAUUGGCUAAUAGAAGCCGUUCUGGCACGCCGCAGCACGUGGACUCUCCCAUAAUAACACCGUUGCGGCCGAGCAGGAACACAAGAAGCCGAUCUCGUACACCGGAAAUAAGUCCGCGGGCAUCCCCUCUAACUUCUAUCCCGGAACAACCCAAACAGGAAGUGGAAAGCGAACCGCAUCCGGUCAAGACCAUACUUAGCGUGCCAAGCCGAUUGAGAAGCCGUUCUAGUACCCCUGAAAGAAUGGAAAAGGUAGCAGAGUCCCCGCGCCUCGCGGCCAUCGCGGAGUCUCCCGCCAAGCCGGAGCCCGAGUCGCCGCGAAGAAGGCUCCGAAGUCGAUCUCGAGAGCCACAAGUUGAUAUCGUGCCUGCGAGCCCGAGGAGUUUGAGAAGCCGCUCAAAGACUCCAGAAAAACUCAUGUCUCCCAAAGCCGACCGCACCACCAAAGCCAAAAAAUCUCUCACCAGAAUAGUACUAGAAGCCAACACGUUCAAAGCCAAGAACACUGAACCCGAACCAGAGAAAACUAAAGACAACGAAGAAUUAAUCGAAUGUACGCCAAUGAAGGUUAAACAAGUCGCCAGCAUGGAUGUAUCGUACUCUCCGAUUGUAAACAAAUCUGUACUCACUGAAACUCCAGACAAAGUACAGUCAGCAGACAGCAGCAAAACUAAUAUUGAACAUUUACCAGCGUUUACUAAAAUGAACGAUACGCAAUUCGGUAAAUCGAUACUACAAAGCUGCGAAAGCAGCGCUGAUGAAACUUCUCAAGAAGUCGAAAAAGAGAAAGAUAAUGAAUCGGUUAAUGUUAUAACGCUACCGGCAUUUACUUCAAUGAACGAUAGUAUAUUUGCGAAAUCUGUGCUACACAGUUAUGAGAGCAGCGUUGCAGAGAGCUCAAGCAUACACGAAGUAUCCGUUACUAAAGAGAUAUCAGUUACAAAAGUAACAGAAGUUGCAAUCUCUUGCAAGUCUGUAUUAAAAGACCAAUCCAGUCUUUUGACUAAUGACAGCGAAUCUGAAAGCGAAGAUAACAAGUCUAAUUGGAAGGAACGUAUAGAAAGUGUAGAAGGUACAGCGCAGGAUAUACAGAAAGAGAAAGAGAGGAUAGUGGAGAUUGAAAGGGAGAUUAAUGAGAUAGAGGGAGACAUGAGCGAUGAGGAGGGCUCCACGGACGAGGAGAUUGUCGAGGGAGCUGAUGAUGAUGAUACUGAUGAAGACAGUUCGGAGGAAGAUGAUUCAAUGUCAGGCUCCAGCGACGACGAGAUAAUAUCAAUCGGGGACUCUUCAGCCGAGUCCAACGACGUACAACUCGACGAACAGAGCUCAUCUGACAGCAACAGACAAAACAGACAGAUAGAGGAACAGCUCGACGAACAGAGCUCAUCUGACAGCAACAGACAAAACAGACAGAUAGAGGAACAGCUCGACGAACAGAGCUCAUCUGACAGCAACAGACAAAACAGACAGAUAGAGGAACAGCUCGACGAACAGAGCUCAUCUGACAGCAACAGACAAAACAGACAGAUAGAGGAACAGCUCGACGAACAGAGCUCAUCUGACAGCAACAGACAAAACAGACAGAUCGAGGAACUGGAACUCAAUGUCAGAGAAAGUCCGGACACGACGGAACAGUCGGAUAGAGAUCCGCUGAACCAAGGGCGCGUGUCGCUGCUUACUGAUGACAAUUCUAUGUCGGAUAAUGAGAUGGAUCUUAAUUAUGAUGAUGAUGAUGCUGAGGAGGAAAUUAAGAAGCCAGAAACGUACUCGGCGAAAUCUGAAACCGAAGCACUAAAAAUGGAAACGGAAGCAGCAAAAACUGAAACAGGAACAGCAGAAACUGAAACAGAAGCAGCAAAGCCUGAAACCGAAGCAGCAGAAACUGAAAUCGAAGAACUGAAAACAGAAACACACGCAAUCAUAAAGAUAGACGUAGUAGUUGAAGAAGUAAAUCCUAUUGAAGAGAAAGAAACUCCCACUGCUACGGCUGAAGCUAAGAGUAUUGAUGUCGUUGACGCCAGUUUAGUUAUAAAGAAACCGGAAUAUAUGGAAGUAGAUCCUAUUACAUCUAAAACAGUUGAUGUCAUUCCAGAAAAAAAGAUUGAAAAAGAUAAGACUGAAAAAGAGGCAGCGUCUGAAAACAAAACAGAUAAAGUUGUUGAAAAAGAGUCACAUAAAACAACGGAAGUUACAGAACAGCCUAGAAAAACAGAAGAAAGUACAGAAAAACCAAAAUCUCGUUUACGCAAACGCGCAUCAUCAACAUCAUCUAAUAAAUCCAUGUCUAAAAAAGAUGAUAAUAAAAUGGAUGUCGACAAAACAGAAAAUGCCGAAACUAGAAAACCUAUGACUAGAAAGCGCGCUAAAUCUACUACUUCAAAUCAGUCUGAGGAAGUGGAAGAAACGCCGAGUAAGAUAAGUAAUCCCACUCCGGCUAUGAGAAGGCUUAUGGCUCGACGUGAGUCUAAAGAAGUAGAGGAUAAGGUUGAAAUUGCUGUGACCCCGCAGCGGCGGACGACCCGCAGUCGGAGUAAGAAUGAUGAUAAUGUCAGUGUGACGUCAGAGGAUUCGGUCAGGUCGACGAGGAGCAAGGCGAGUGAGAAGGGAAGGAAGUCGAUAGUGGCCGGUAAACCGGAACUGAGCGCUAUUCCGGAAAUGUCCGUGGACGAGUCCAAGGAUGUCAGCGACUAUUCUAACUCAAGAAGGUUGACCCGCCACCAGAAGUCCCUGCUGUCCACGCUGGCGCUGCGGCCGCGCGUCGGGCGCCGCCCCAGCGCCGCUGAAGAGGCGGAGCCGUUCCACGUGCAGCCCAUCGACAGGAUCAGCUUACUCAACAAGACCGACUUUGAAGGCUCCCCCGACUCGUCGGAGCCGGCGCGCCAGUCGCCCGGGACCGAAUCCACCGUGUCGCACUCCUCGGACCGUAGGACUCCGCGCAUGGCGAGAGCGGCGUCGGAGUCGAAGACUGCUCCCAAAGCGGCUAAAAUUGGCAGAAGAGUUUCUGUAGAUGUCGUGUCGGAGUGUCCGGCGGCGGGCAGCCCGUCCCGGCCCGGGCGGCGCGCCUCCUUCACGCGCGCGUGCGAGGCGCUGCACACGCCUAAAGGACGCCGCACUUCUAUAGAUCUCAGGGUUAAUAAUUUGGGCUCCCCGGCCGGCUCGGAGGGCUCGGGCGCCGCCACGCCGGCGCGUCGUCCGCGCCGCGCCUCCACGCAAUCCAACACUAGCGACACUAAAGGAACUGGAAAACGGUCCAAAAAGUUAUCAACCGUAGAAGAAAGUGAUGCCAACAAAUAG